CAUUAUUAUCCUUUAUUCCCGCUGAAUGCGCGUCCUUUCUUCAUAACCUUUUCCUCGCCACCCCUACUUCAUCCCCAGCCAGCCACAUCCCACACCCUCCUCUCUGCAACAAUGGCACACCCUCCGCGCCCCACCCCUGCUCCCAACCGACACACAUUACCCCUCCACAAACGCCAGUCAUACGUGACAGUCUCCGUCGUCGCAAAUGACACGGACACUUCUUCCACCACACCCGCCAACUCAUCUAGCGGCUCCUCAUUUCCUGUUGCCAUCGCUAUUCCCGCCCUUGUAGGUGGUAUGGCAGUAGCGAUCGCUGUAUUCGGAUUCUGGUGGUGGUGGUCCAAGAGGAGCAAACGCGUCAAACGCGAGAGAUGGGAGGCUGCCCAGAGAAGGAAAAAUAAACGUCAUGCUGCUGAAAAGGACAAGCCAACAACGCACCCCGGUCAAAGCCAAAAGUCGCCUACCGGUGAAAAGGCAUUUAACCCCAUCCUACCACCUCUUUCAACCGCACAGCCGUACUACCCGCCUCCGCAAACUAAUGGAUACGGCUACGCGCCCUCCCAACAAGGCUAUGCCGCGUGGCAGACCCAGCCGGGCAUUGAGCAGGUUCAGUACGGACAACAGGCCUCCCCAUCCCCCCAGCAAGGCUAUUACAGUCCGCCUGCUUAUGCCCAAGGAUCUGCUCCUCCAUUAUCCCGCGACUACUCUUCAGAGUCUACUAUCCCUCUCACCCAGAAUACCACUCCACCUGCCACCUCGCCAACCUCGCCCACUAGCAGCCGCAGCAGCAGCAACAGUAGCAGCACUGGUGGUGGUCGUAAACCCAGCGGCAAUAUUCCCCCUCCCCGCCGUUCUUCCUCGGAUGAGAAAAAAUCAUCUACUCCGUCUUCUCCUUCUCCUUCUUCUUCGCCCAGCAAGAAAAGCUCGAAAAACUCGAAAAACUCUCGCGCGACCGCUCGCAUGGCCGUGGCUGAGAGCGCCGCAGCCAACGCGUCCAUGAACCGCAUGUUCCGCCACAAACCAUCCAAACCGUCUCCGCUUGCCAUCAAGGCUCAACAAGAGCGCGAAGCGCUGGCUGCGACUACUGAUCCCCUCAGUCGAAUCUCUGCAGACGAAACAUCUAAUCCAUUCAAUACCGAGUCCGAAGGGCUCUAUCCCACCGCUGCUGACUCGUCGCGUGCCAACGCGCCUUCAGGCGAAUGGGGUGUCGCUCUCGGUUCACCAGAUGAAGAAGACACGUUUGCCGACUCUCAAGCUGCAGUGUUAGACAGCGGCCUGUACCAUGGAGCAAAGAGUAGCUAUUCCGAGGACCCAUAUAUCGAGAAAAAGGCGCAAACCAAGAGUGGCAUGUACUCUCAAGACCCGUAUGCUCUUUAUCACGAACAAGAAGAAGAAAAAGAAGAAGAAGUGGAAGACGCUGAUAGGUACCACAACGCUGCGGAGAGUAUGGGGCUGGGUAGUGCCAGCAAGAACAAAAAGAGAGACGUUGGCAAAUGGGUGUAAGGGGUUCAACAAGUGUAUCUAGUCUUUAGCUUUCCGAGUUGUUCUUUUUUUUCUUUCAUUUUUUAACUCUUUUGAGUUUGCCUCUUUUCUGAUGACUCGUUAAGAGUUGAAUGUUUUAUAUAGGACGGAAAAUGGUCUUUUUUUUCAGUCGUGUUUUCUAUGAGUUUGCCUCUCCGGUGACUCAGUACCAGUUUGAGUGUUUCGUAAAACGGACAAUGGUUUUUUCUUUUUCUUUUUUUGCGUCUCCCAGAAGACUUCCAAAUAGUGCUUUCAUAUUCUUGCCUGCUAUAUCUUAUUACAGGACACAAAUGCUACCGGAUUGAUUGGUUAUCACACGUGCGCUUUGGCUUGGCAGAAAAACAAGGACGAGUAUAUCUUGUAUGUAAGUGUAGCAAGAAAAGGGGAGAUUCACUAGUAGAAAUGCAAGCAAAACAAAAAAGUUAUCCAUUACAACGAGAUGGGGG